UAUUACGCGUCAUGAUCAGAUUACUAACCCUCGGCCUUCCCUUGUCGAAAAGAUUCCAAGAGGGGGUCCCCACCCACUCUCAGUGCGAUUUGCAUUGCAUUCACAGUUUCCGCGCCAAAGGAAAAACGCAGAACAAGACGAACAACAGCGUUAACAAUGGCGGUGGUGGACGAUCGCUUCGCGGAUUUGAACCCUAAGACGUGCGUGGUUUUAGGCGGCAGAGGAUUCCUCGGAAGAUCGUUGGUGCUCAGGCUGUUGAAACUCGGUAACUGGAUCGUCCGAGUCGCCGAUUCCGCUCAGUCUCUCCAACUCCACCACUCCGAGUCUCUCCUCGAACAAGCUCUCUCUUCUUCUCGCGCUUCUUACUUCCACGUCGACCUUCUCGAUAAACGGAGCAUUGUCAAAGUUCUAGAAGGUUCCUCUGUUGUCUUUUAUAUGGAUGUUGCCGGCGUCGAUGUGAAUAACUUCUAUACUUGCUAUAAGCUUAUGGUUCAAGGUGCAAAGAAUGUCAUUAGUGCUUGCCGGGAAUGUAGAGUGAGACGCCUGAUAUAUAACAGUUCGGCAGAUGUUGUAGUUGGUGGUUUGCAUGAUAUUCGUGAUGGAGAUGAGUCGUUGGCGUAUCCGUGGAAAACUAACAACACGUUAAGUGACCUUAAGGCUCAAGCGGAAGCUUUGAUCCUGAGUGCCAAUGACAUUGAUGGCCUAUUGACAUGCUCUCUUCGUCCUAGUAAUGUUUUUGGACCUGGUGACACAGAAUUUGUGCCAUAUUUUCUCAAAUUAGCAAGAUAUGGUUUUUCAAAGUUUAUUAUAGGGACUGGUGAUAAUCUUUCAGAUUUCACCUUUUCUGAAAAUGUUACUCAUGCCCAUAUCUGUGCAGAAGAAGCCUUAAAUUUCCAAACGGUUUCUGUGGCAGGAAAGACAUUUUUCAUCACAAAUCUCGAGCCUAUGAAAUUCUGGGAAUUUCUCUCACUUUUGUUAGAAGGUCUUGAAUAUCAAAGGCCAUUCAUCAAACUUCCUGCUAAGUUGGUGCAAUAUAUUCUCUCAGUUUUAAAGUGGGUACAUGAAAAGUUGGGAUCCAGAUACUUCAGUUAUCCUUUAUUAGUUCACUUUUUUCAGUUAGCUUCAUACACCCGAACUUUCAACUGCAUGGCAGCUCAGAAAGAUAUUGGAUACUCACCAAUAGUCUCCCUCGAGGAAGGAGUCACAUUAACCAUAGAAUCAUUCUCUCAUUUAGCCAGAGACUCAUCUUUUUCAAGAUGCUGCAGUUCCACUGAACAGUCAAAAGCAGAUAAGCUGCUGGGUGGUGGAAAAGUGGCUGACAUUUUGUUGUGGAGAGAAGAGAAGAAAUCCUUUGCAUGUUUCCUUGUGCUGGUUUUGUUGUUUUACUGGUUUUUCCUUUCUGGAAGAACUUUUAUAUCAGCUGCUGCGAGACUUUUGCUGUUUUCCACAUUACUUUUAUAUGGACAUGGUUUUCUGCCAUCAAAGUUAUUUGGUUUUCAUAUACAAAGGAUACCCACGACGUAUUUUGAGAUCUCUGAUACAGCAGUAAAAGAUUCAGUUACCACUACAGUAUAUCUUUGGAACAGGGGUUUUCAAAAUAUAAGUGGCCUGGCCCAGGGGGACGAUUGGUCUGCAUUCUUCAAGAUUGCAGUGUUUCUUUACCUUCUGAAGUUGAUCCUGUCAGAGUUGUUCACGAAAAUGAUAGGCAUAGGUUUGGCGGUCGCAUUUAUGGCAUUUUUUGUUUACGAGCAAUAUGAAUCCGAAAUUGAUGGAUUGGUGGAUUUUCUGUUCACCAGUUUGAAGGAGUUCAUGAUACAUUUGAUGAGAAUCUCACCUGUUUCGAUAUCACGGCUUCUGCAUUAUCAGGAGAACUUUCAGCACUAGGAAAGGUAAAAGACCUGAGAUAGUAAAAAUGAAGAGUUUCUUGCUCUGCGAUCUUAAAACUCCAAUACGCUAUCUAUUUAUACCAAAAAAUUGAAAAAAGAGCUAUGUCCCAUGAAAAAGAUAGGGAAAAUAUAACCACAUUUAGGAAUGCCCUCUCUCUCUCUCUCUCUCUCUCUGUAAUCACAAUUGAACUACUGAAUCAGGUCGAAGAUGUUGCUGUUUGAAAGAAUUGUGAUAUUGGUACUCUUUUUUAACUAUGGAAAUAUAGAAACAGAUUGAUGGUUAAUUGACAACAAUAGUUGUACAAAGGGAAUGUGCAGUUGACUUUCACUAUAAAAUUUAAGAUUGGUACGUGUUGCAA